AUGCGCCACAUCGCUGAUCAUUAUCGACGCCUCGAACGCUUUGAGCACACGGGGCCCGACUUCUUUGUAAUCGAAUACAUGCGGACGAAACGCAUUAUCAGCAAUGAAGACUAUAAGUGGGCAACCAGGCAUACGGAAAGACGUUAUUGUGACGGUCUGGUUGAUUUCGGACACAAAACUUCGGAUAUGAAGAGGAGGGAAGCCAGAUCGCUUGAAGAGAGACACGAUAUGGAGAAGGAUGAUCGACAUAGACGGCGACAUAUGGCCUCGAAAGGGAAAGGGAAGGGCAGAAGAAGUAAUUGA